ACUACUAAAUUAAUUUGACCUUUUUUUUCUUAUAAUGAAUUAAUACACAUUUAAUGAAAACUGUAGAUAAUUUUUUUUUUCAAUGAUUCAAAUGAAACUCAAUCGUAGAUCCUAACUACUUCAAGUGGAAAUUACAAAUUUACCCCCAAAUCAUCCAACUCCAUUUUCCUUUUAAGGCACUGCCUUCCCUUCCCUGCGGUGAAAUUCUCCAACUAUGUCAACGAACCAAUAACAUAAAAGGAAAAUAUAUCAUGGACGAAAUUGCCCUCAUCGUUGCCGCCGUAGUAACCUUGGCCUCCACCAUUCUCCUCCACCGCACUUUCUUCCGCCGCAGCAGAUUCCGCCUCCCGCCAGGACCGAAGCCAUGGCCGAUCGUAGGAAACAUGCCGCAGAUCGGCGGAGCACCUCUCCACUCCCUACUCGCCGCCAUGGCCGGCGAGUAUGGAUCUUUGAUGUACCUCCGAUUAGGCUCUGUCGGCGUGGUUGUGGCGGCAUCAGCGGCGGUGGCGGAGAAACUCUUAAAGGUUCACGACACUAAUUUCCUUAGCCGGCCGCCGAACGCCGGUGCAAAAUAUAUCGCUUAUAAUUAUCAGGAUAUGGUUUUUGCGCCGUACGGUCCACGGUGGCGAUUACUCCGGAAGAUCAGCACCGUCCAUUUGUUCUCCUCAAAAGCCCUAGAUGAUCAUCGCCGCAUACGGGAGGAGGAGAUAGCGGUGCUGGUACAGGCUCUUGCAAGCUCCGGCGAAGUUCCGGCAGCCUUGGGGAGCUUGCUCACCGUGUGCACUGCGAAUGCACUCGGACGGACAAUGAUCGGCCGACGUGUUUUCGGUGAUGGUGGCAGUGGCGACGAUUCAGAGGCGAAACAAUUUAAGGCAAUGGUAGAGCAAGUGAUGAUACUGGCCGGAAAGUUCAACCCCGGCGACUUUUUCCCGUCGCUUGAGUGGCUUGAUUUGCUGGGUGUGGCCAGUGAGAUGAAGAAGGUUCACAAAUGGUUCGAUGAUUUUUUGACUAAGAUCGUGGAGGAGCACCGGAAUUUAUUGGCCAGAGGCCGCGGCGGCGGCCACCAAGACUUGCUGAGUACUCUCCUGUCCUCAGCUGAAGAUGAGAAUGAGAAGAUUAAUGAUACUGAGAUCAAGGCUUUGUUGUUGAACAUGUUUACAGCUGGAACCGACACGUCAGCAAGUACAGUAGAAUGGGCCUUGACAGAGCUCAUCAGACAUCCCAAAAUGAUGGCCCAAGCCCAACAAGAACUGGACUCCGUAGUGGGCCGUGAUCGAGCAGUUUCCGAUCUAGACCUGCCGCAAUUGGUUUAUCUUCAGGCGGUGGUGAAGGAAACAUUCCGGCUCCACCCACCGACGCCGCUCUCCCUCCCCCGCAUGGCCGCCGAGAGCUGCGAAAUCAACGGCUACCACAUCCCCAAAGGCACCACUCUCUUGGUCGACGUAUGGGCCAUUGGUCGUGACCCAAAAGAAUGGGCCGACCCACUCGAAUUCAGGCCCAAUAGGUUCCUCCCAGGUGGCGAGAAGGCCCACGUGGAUGUGAAGGGAAAUGACUUUGAGGUGAUUCCUUUUGGGGCUGGGCGAAGGAUUUGUGUGGGCAUGAGUAUGGGCCUGAGGAUGGUUCAGAUGUUAACUGCCACAUUGGUCCAUUACUUUGAUUGGGCCUUACCUAAUGGGCUUCUGCCUGAUGAGUUGAACAUGGACGAGGCUUAUGGGCUGACCCUGCGUCGGGCCCAGCCCUUGGUUGUGCAUCCACGGCCUAGAUUAUUACCUGGGGUUUAUCAAAAAUCACCUUAAAUUCGUUAGUUCUAACUUCUACCUAUUGUUAUUGGUUGUAAGUUCUCUUCUUGUGUUUGAUUUGGAAAAAUUAGUUUAUAAGUUGCAAGGUAUCUCGUGCUGGUUUAUUGUAAUAUUAGUUAUUAAAUUGUGUC